ACCAUAGUUUCCAAACAAUAACAACUCAUAACGAAAGUGAAAAAUAUAUGCGGUCAUUGUGCGUCUUGUCCUUGGAGACAUUCAAUAAUAAUACCUCUUAUCCAUUUUAAGUAAAAACUAUAAAGUUUCGCACGUUUUAACCCUGGAAAUUGAAUAUUUAUACAUAUAAGAUGACCAAAGUGGAUAUACCCUUGAAGAACAAGGUUGAUGCGUCGGCCAAUUUUAUUCAGAACGAAAAAGACAUAGAAGUUCAGGUGCGAGCACCGAAGAGGGUGUUGCACUUUAGCGAUGGGACUCUGGAGGAAUUUAGCGAUGACGACCAGGACCAGGUCGAUGCAGCCGGAAAAGAUGUAGUUGUGAUGGAUGUUGACGAGUCCAAAAUGAACUGGAGCGACUGGAUGUUGCAUAAGACGUGCAAACUGGGCACUUCGGUUCUGGCCGGCUGCGACUACGUUGGUGAAGGGUUGGCAUCGUUUCUGGGCAUCACCACCCCCAAGUACAGUUUCGAGAUUGAAGAAUUCAAACGAAUGCAAGCCGAGCAGAAUGCGGAAGAUCAGGCGAUCAAAAACUUCGUGGAACAAAAUCGACCGAUCGGCAGCAGCUUGGCUGGUGAACCAUCGGAGGAAAGUCGACCAACUGCUGCUGCUGCUACAACGCUGACAGCAACGGCCGCAACGUCCACUGUCGUUCACAGUGCGCCCACGGCAGGAACGCGAGUUGCGGUGACUAAUGAAAUUGAGAAAUAUUAAUAAAAUUACGUUGAUACUAAUUUUGCUUUGUAGAUCUAAUUUGAGACACCAAAUGAGCACACAUUUCAGUCAGUUGUAGUAAUUUAGUUCUAUAAGGAGAUUAUAAAGAUUAUAUAUUUAUUAAGAAUUGUCAAACAGAAGGACAGUGCAAUUUAAUAAUAUGCGAAUAUAGAUUAACAUUUCUGAUCUUGUACAUUAUCUUUUAUAUGAGGUAUAAUAAAUAAAGUUUAUUGACUAAA